AUGGCUUCCCAAUCUGCGUCUCUCUCACCUCCAGUGUUCAACGGGGACCAGUAUCACAUUUGGGCUGUUAGAAUGAGAGCCUACCUGAGAGGACAAGGGCUGUGGCAGUAUGUGGAAGAGGAGAAACAGCCACCCCAACUUGGUCCAAACCCAACCUUGAACCAAAUGAGAAUGUACGAAGAGGAAAUGUCCAAAGCUCCAAGAGCUCUCUCUCAUAUACAUUCGGCAGUAACAGACCUUGUAUUUACAAGGAUAAUGGCGUGUGAAACUGCAAAGGAGGCUUGGGAUAGACUAAGAGAAGAAUUCAUGGGAAGUGAUACAACCCGUAACAUGCAAGUCAUGAAUCUGCGCAGGGAGUUUGAAAUGCUGAGAAUGCAGGAGGUAGAGAAGGUUAAAGAGUAUGUAGAUAGACUCAUGAGUGUGGUGAACAAAAUCAGAUUGUUGGGAGUUGAGAUGAGUGACAAGAUGAUAGUUGAAAAGGUGUUAGUCAGCCUUCCAAAAAGAUUUGAGUCCAAGAUAUCUUCCUUAGAAGAUUCAAAAGAUCUUUCCCAAAUCAGCCUCACUGAAUUGGUUCAUGCCCUGCAGGCCCAAGAACAAAGAAGGUUGAUGAGGCAGGAGGACUCAAAUGAAGGUGCUAUGUUGGCUGCUCAAAGGAGUGAAUACGCAGGGAAGGGAUGCAAACAAUUCAGCCACAUUGAGAAGGUGUGCAGGAACAAGGCUGCACAGCCACCACAGCAAGCACAAAGUGCAAAUGAACAGCAGCAGACCAAUGAAUCAGAACAGCUGUUUGUAGCUUCAUGCUACUCAAUGCAGACCUGUGGAGAUGUUUGGCUGAUAUACAGCGGAUGCACUAACCACAUGGCAGCAAAUGUGGAGAACUUUGUCAGGUUGGACAGGACAUACAGCUCCAAGGUUAAGAUUGGAAAUGGUGACUAUGUAGAAGCAAGAGGGAUUGGAGAUGUGGCAGUCCAAACUAAGGCAGGAACUAAGGUUAUUUCUAAUGUUUUGUUUGUACCUGAAAUUGCACAAAACUUGUUAAGUGUAGGUCAAAUGUUAGAGAAAAAUUUUACCUUGCAUUUCCAAAACAAUUCUUGCAUUAUAAAGGAUAGAGAAGGAAAGGAGCUAUUGAGUGUAAGGAUGCUUGGCAAAAGCUUUCCACUAGACUGGAAAAAACCAGAAAACUCAGCAUUAAUUACCAAGGUUGAAGAGUCUGAGUUAUGGCAUAGAAGACUUGGACAUUUUCAUUAUCUUGGAAUCAAAGAACUCAAGUCAAGGGACAUGGUAUUAGACCUGCCCGAAAUAGAAGAGAAAAGGACUUUGUGCACAGCCUGCCAACUUGGCAAACUUAGCAGGCCACCAUUCCCUUCAGAUCAAGCCUAG